AUGAAUAAGAAAGCUGUAUUUUUCCUCUCCUCUUGUGUCUCUACUCUUACUCUUGUGUCUAUUGCUCUUCCUUGCUAUUUUAUAACAAUAUGUUAGAAUUUCUUGUCUAAACUACAACGGAGCGAAAAGCUGGACGAAAGUGAAAUAGCAACCACUGCAAGAUAAACACAGGCCCAUGAUGGGCUUUGGUUGCCUAGUGUUCGUUGGUUCGAGGCUCAACAGAGACAUGCUUCUGAACCCAAUGGUGUAGGGUUGAGGCGUUCAGCCCGCAAAGCAUUCUUCUGGACUUUUGGGAUAUUCAAAUGGGCUUCGCACAGUCCUUUAAUGUUUUUUUUUUUUUGCACCCUCACAAUUUCUUUUUCUUUCUGUUGGAUCGUGAUCACUGAUCAGCCCGUCGACUUCGUAUCCGCUUCAUUACGAUUUAGUACAUUCAGAACGCAGAUCGCAGAGACCUCAGAUUCAAUUCUCCGCGCCGGCGCCGAUGCGUCUCCCACCGACUCCGAACUUGCGGUGGUUGUCUGAACUCUGAGCUAUAAACUCAGAAGCGACGCAAAAAGGAAUCUGCUUAAUCGUUUGGUAUACCCCCACCGCUCAAAGCUUCUAUUAUCUAGGGUUCAAUUAAGGUCUCUCCCAUUUGUUUCCUUAGGAUUCUUGGGAUUGCUUCGGAAGUCUCUCACAUUUGGUUCUGCUUGUGAAUUCAUCCAUGGUACGGCACCGGCAGGUUGAACGUUAGCAGAAUCUCCUUUGAUUGCUUAACAAUGGACGCAAAAUCGCUGGCCAAAUCCAAACGAGCUCACUCGCUGCACAACAGCAAGAAGCCACAUCUGUCUCGUAAACCGAAACCCUCGCCUGGCGGAGGUGGCGGCGAUGGUGCAGCUGGAAGCAAAGCGCCGGGGAAACCGGUUAAGGAUAAAGAGCUGGCUACCUCAUCUGCGCUGCCAUCAAAUUGGGAUAGAUAUGACGAAGAUUUGGAUGUAGUUUCAGGGGAAAUGUCCACGGAGACCGCAAGCAAGGCUUCUGAUGUAGUUUUGCCCAAGAGCAAAGGUGCAGAUUAUCGUCAUCUGCUUGCUGAAGCUCAAUCUCAGCCCCAUUCAAGUGGUUACUUGGACAGCUCUUUUACUAUAGACGAUGUUUUGCCUGAUGAGUUUAAGCAGACAUUUGGAGUCAUGCUUUCAGCCAGGGGAGAGGGCAUUUUGUCAUGGAUUUUAGAUGAUAAUUUCAUUGUGGAUGAGGAGAGUGGAGCAACUGCUAGUCAGGAGGCAUCUUUUCUGUCAUUAAACUUUCAAGCUCUUGAGGAACAACUGGCGAGGGUUGAUAUCUCGAAGAGGCUUUUCAUUGAACCAGAUAUAUUACCAGCAGACUUGUGUGAUGAUGGAUCACAGGCAAGCCAUAAUCAGGGCUCCUCAACACAAAGGAGUGAAAGUGUAGUAAGCACAUCUAAGCCAGAGCAUGCAUCUCAUGGAGACGUAUCUAGGACGGUCGAGAUUGUGAAUCAAGAUGCUGACCCAAUACCUGAGGAAUCUACAGCCCAUGAAGGAUUUAGACCAAUAUUCAGUCAAGGAUCUGAAACAUCAUCUCCAUUCGAACGCGAACUGGCGGGUGAAACGUUCAAUCACCUUGUAUCUCUAGAGUCCCAAUCCAAGUUUAUUCACAAUUCCACCACAGACUCUACAAAAGAACUUGACACAUUCGAGGCAGCAGCUGCUGAAGCAGAGCUGGACAAGCUUCUUGACUCAUUUGUUGACACCAAUCUUGACGAUCCUCCUUCUGCCUCCAUAUCAGGUACUUCUCUUCCUAUCUCAACUGAGGAGGCUGCAGUUUUGCCACAGGCAUCUAGGAGUGUGCCUUAUCCAUCGCAAAUGUCACCCAUUGAUGGAAAUAUAGACGACAUGCUUGAUAGUUUGCUUGCAGAAACAUCCACUGCCUUGCAGCAGACUAGCCAUAGGAACCAGUUGCCUCCGGAUACUGGAUCUUCUUCCUCUCAAGCAAUCCCAAAGUCUACAGCUUUGGAUGAUUUCGGUUCUUGGUUAGAUACAAUUUGAUGAUGGGUUACCUUGUUUUUCUUCUAAGGUCACUGUUAUAUGAAAAUUGUACUGCCUCGAGUAAGAUUCACAUUACUGUCCAUAGUGAUCUAGCCUUAUAGCUUGUUGCUAAAAAAAAAUUGUUCCUUGUUUUCAUUUUCGAUAUCCUACGCAUUUGAGUUGACAGGUGGAUUUGGUCGCAUAGUAUUUAGAUUCAGAUGAUAUAUGAUAGUGGUUGGUUGAUGGUGAUGUGAACUCUGACAGAGAAUUCUGAAGAUAACGUUGAUCCAAAUGUGAUGAGAUUUGUUUUUGGCUAAGAAAUUGUACACCUUCAG